AUGUCUUCCCUCAGCCUCCCCUCCCCCGAGCACCGCGCCAAAAUCAUUGAAAAGUUCACGGAGCUCAUCGACGCCAUCGAGGCCCACCCGGCCUGGAGCCCGCCGAACCCCCACAAGGGUCUUUUCCACGUCUGGGACUAUGUCAACCGCUCCCGGUACAUCAUGACGGAGCUCGACCACAUCCGCGACGGCGAGCCCGUGCGGUAUCCGGAGCAGAUCCCUCAGCAAGAUAUCGAUGUAUUGUCGGACCCCGUACCCGAGCCCACCCCCCCCCCCCCCCUCCGAGCGGCGCAAGUGCGCGCGCGCGGGGACCAGGCCGGCGGCACGGAGAAGUUGGAGUGUGGGAGGAGUACGGAAACGGAUAAGGAGGAGGGGGGGGGGGGACCAAGAAAAAAAGAGGAGCCCGAAUCGCUGACAUGGAGAGUAACACUCCCAGGCGUACCAGGUCGCAGCGGCCCCGACGCAGCCGCCGAGUCCUUUGUCGACGUCUGCGGCCGAUCGGCGACGGUCAACGAAAUGAUUGCCAACCCGAAGCUGCUCACCAUGAUUGGUCUCCCGCAGGUGGAUUACGGCAACGAUAUUGCUUCGAGAUCGCAGGCGGUUGUCGAUGUCUUGAAGCAGGCUAUCUGA